UCAGUGACAGUUUAGGUGUGUUGUGUUGACACUUGUCUUUCUAUAAUAAGUAAAUAAACAAAGUAAAGUUAAAUUCGUGAACCGUUCGAUUUAUUAAUUAAGAUGUCUGGAGAAGAUUAUGAUGGUUUGGAUCGCGGAGAUAAUGACGGCCAGAAACCAGAUAAAAUGUUUACUUUGAAAAAGUGGAAUGCUGUAGCCAUGUGGAGUUGGGAUGUCGAGUGUGAUACCUGUGCUAUUUGCCGCGUUCAAGUUAUGGAUGCCUGUCUGCGCUGCCAGGGCGAGAGCAAGAAGGAUUCGUACGGCAAACAGGACUGCGUCGUGGUCUGGGGUGAAUGUAACCACAGCUUCCAUUUCUGCUGUAUGUCGUUAUGGGUGAAGCAGAACAAUCGGUGCCCCCUCUGUCAGCAAGAAUGGUCGAUACAGCGUAUGGGGAAAUAGAUUGUCAAGCAAUUAGGCAACUGUAAAAAUAUAUGUUUCAAGAAUUAUAUAAACUAGAAAAAUCUGUGCAGUACAUGUUUAAUGGACGGUAGCUAUUUUUGUUGCCUGUUAUACUCUUUUAUUAACACUGCAGCCGUCGUAAUAAACACGGCUCUAGUUUAACGUAAUCGAUACUUUCAUCUUUAAUUAACAUUUUCUUUAAGUUUCAAUGUUUUAUAUUCGUAAAAGCAUCCUAGUAAAAGAAUUAUAGGUACUAAUAAACUUCUUAUUAUAUUAU